AUGGAGCAGUUCAAAGGCCAGCCUCGGCUGCCGAAAUUCGCCUUGCCGAAAGGAUACGACAUAACGUUCAAACCGGACCUCACCGCUUGCAGUUUCGGCGGUGCCGUUGCCGUCGAGCUCGAUAUCAUCUCCGAUAUCUGGUUAGUCGUCCUCAAUGCGGCCGACCUCUCUGUCGAUGCCGCUUCCGUGUCUUUUACUCACAGAGACUCUUCCAGCAAGAAAUAA